AUGGCAUAUUCAAUAAUCAAUUUCAAAACAAUUCUAAAGGAAUUCGAAAAUAAUUUGUAUCAUCUUUCUCUGUACUUUUAUUAUCGGGUUCUUCAUCUACACGAAUCUUUAUGGAUUCAACAGAACUUCGUCGCUUUCGCCCUCGUCGUUGUCGCCGUUUCCGCUGCUCCUCAAGUUCGUCAAGAAGACGUACUGGUCCUCAAGGAGACACCCUCUGACAAUAUUGGCCUGGGCAGUUACAACUAUGGCUACGAACUUUCCAAUGGACAAGCUCAUCAGGAAUCCGCCGAAUUGGUUAACGUAGGAACCGAAAACGAAUCUUUGGCUGUUCGUGGAAGCUUCAGCUGGGUAGACCCACAAACCAACGUGAAAUACACCGUCAACUACGUGGCCGAUGAGAAUGGAUUCCAACCACAGGGCGAACAUAUCCCUGCUUGA